UAUUCACUCGAUUUUUUUCAUUAUUUUGAUUGAUUUUUUGCUCUUAUCUCCCAAAAUCUGCUUUACAAAUCGUUUGGGUCAAAUUUUCCUCUGGAAAUUCGACAUUGACUUUAGGAAAAACAUCAGUUGAGGUGAGUGUAGAAAGUGGAAAUUUCCGUGCAAAAUUCAUUGCGACAUUAUCACAAACAUUGGCAUUUAAAUGUCAUCGUAAAAUAUUUCUCUCGUAAUAUUUAUGUGUGCUGUAAUCAAUUCAAUUUAUCACGUGAAUGGUGGUGGUAAUGUUUCACAUUCAGUUUUGUUUGAAUUUUCUUUAUUUACGCAGAGAGUAUGAAAAUGAUUCAGGCGUGAACAAUCGUGGAAAAAUCGAUCAAAGUAGUUGAUGCUGCAUUGAUGUAAAAACAAGUGCAAAAUAAUUGAAAGGCAAAAUCUCAAGUAAUCCAACAUACAAAUAUGGAAGAAGGAUCAGUCGUCCCAAUGGAUUAUUGGCCAUUUCAAGAUGUAACGUUUGGAAAUGCGAUUCCAAACAAAAAAAGAAGAAAGAUGGAAAGUGAUUCGGAUUGUGAGGAUGAAAAUCCAAAUGAAGUGAUAAAAAUUAUCCAUUUGAAUGAUGAUUGCCUCGAGCCGAUUUUCCUCAAGCUGACCAAAGAGGAUUUGGCCAAUAUCGCUGAGUCAAACCUAAGAUUCCUGAAAAUGGCAUGCUAUGCGUUCGCUAGAAACUACGCUCAAAAUCCGUUUGAGAGUGGAUACGAUGAGUGUGAUUCGAGCACAUUUGAGUGUUCAAUGAAUAUUAUCAAGCAUUUCGGGAAACUGAUUCAAAAGCUUGAUUUGUAUGACGCCCAUAAUGAUUGCCAAUACAAUAAGUCCAUCACCGAUGCGAUUUUCGAAACUUGCGAUUCAAACAUCACGGACAUCGUUUUCGAUCGCGUUGAUCAAGAUACAUUGAACAAAAUCCGUCGACCAUUUCCCAAUCUAACCAAUCUCAACAUCUACGAUUUGUCGUUGCCGCAAAAAAUUGCUCAACUCAAUCGAUGGUUCCCAAAUGUUACCAAGUUGAUUUUGCGCUGCUCGGGCCUUUUUUCGGAGGAAUUUUGUGCAUUACGUCACCUCACCGACGCUGAUAUUGCAAUGAAUGUUGAGCAUAUGCAGCUUUUCAUUCGUUCAAAUCCCCAAUUGACCAGUUUGCGUAUGCGUGUGGAUAAUUCUCAACUGAUUGAUGGACAAUUAUUGAAUUUUAUGGCACACCACCUCCCUGAUCUGGAACAAUUGACGAUUACGAUUAAUAACUGGAAACCCGUUGCCUAUUUGUCUGAUGCAAACUUCAGAAGUCUACGAAUGCUAUCACUAUCUCACUGUUGGGAUAUGCUCAACGAUCCAAAUGAUAAUCCAACCACCAUUGGCAUUUCGUCGCCCGUUCUUGAGUCAACCAAAAUUAAGGGAUUAUAUUUAAACGAUGCUUGCGUCGAGUUCGCAUCUCGUUGUCGCAACGUUACUGACUUGGAGUUCACGGUGGACGAUGAUAUGGAUACAUUCCUCUUCAUUCGCCUGGCCCAACGGUGUCCAAAACUGAAUAAAUUGCAAAUGAUUUUCCUUCACAAUGGAGAAAAUUACGGAAUUGACCCAGACGGUCUCAUUCAUUUGCUUGGUCGCUGUCGCGAACUUACCACCAUCACUCUCAUCUGUGUGCUUCGAUUCAUCGAGAGCUACAGUGAAUUCUGUCGAGCAUUCGCCGUCGCCAAAACAAACCAUAUGAUCGAUCCGGCAUGGAAUCUAAAGCAAAUCGUUGGCCCAUUCAAAACCAUUGAUAUCGAAAUUUCAAAGUGAAAGACCAAUUCAAGGUGAGUCGAGGCUAAAAUGGUUCCGGUAUUUGUAUAAAUUUUGUUACCAUAACUGAAUUAUUCAAAGAUGUAAAUGAUGAAGUUUUAAACUGUUUAAUAUCACAUUCAGUGUGCUACACUGUCCAUAGUUGUAAUAUUUUCAAUUUUCAAGACAAAAAAAAUGGCAAAUAGUAAUUAAGAAAAAAGGAAAAAAGUACAAAAAAAUAUCAUUAAAACUGAAAGAAAAUAACAAACAAAA